AUGUUAUACGAUCCAAAGAUGAACGAUAAUUUAAUUAAUGAUGUCGACGACUUAUUAGUCGAAAACGGUGCUACGGCGGAGACCGAUCGGGGUAGUACCGUUGGCGAUAGUUCAGACGACUAUGACGAUAGUCCGAGGCCUAUACGCCGUCACACACGGAGGGGGCUGAAAAAUGUCGAAAGUAGAGUAGACAUAAAUGUCGAACGUAGUGUUGACAAGGAUGACAUGGAGGAUAAUAAAUUUGAAUGA